AAAAAAUAAUAAAUACCUGUACAAUACACCUGCUUUAUGCACUUGAGCAGGGAAGAAAUCCACAGGGACUCACCUGUCUCCUGGUCUGCAGAGAAGACAGAAUCAACAUGAGCACAGCAGGAAAAGUAAUCAAAUGCAAAGCAGCUGUGCUAUGGGAGUUAAAGAAACCCUUUUCCAUUGAGGAGGUGGAGGUUGCCCCUCCCAAGGCCCAUGAAGUUCGUAUUAAGAUGGCGGCUGUAGGAAUCUGUAGCACUGAUGACCACGUGGUUAGUGGUAACAUGGUGACCCCACUUCCUGUGAUUUUAGGCCAUGAGGCAGCCGGCAUCGUGGAGAGUGUUGGAGAAGGGGUGACUACAGUCGAACCAGGUGAUAAAGUCAUCCCACUCGUUGUUCCUCAGUGUGGAAAAUGCAGAAUUUGUAAAACCCCGGAAAGGAACUACUGCUUGAAAAACGAUGCGAGCAAUCCUCGGGGGACCCUGCAGGAUGGCACCAGCAGGUUCACCUGCAGGGGGAAGCCCAUCCACCACUUCCUCGGUGUCAGCAGCUUCUCUCAGUACACGGUGGUGGAUGAGAAUGCAGUAGCCAAAAUUGACGCAGCCUCACCCAUGGAGAAAGUCUGUCUCAUUGGCUGUGGAUUUUCAACUGGUUAUGGGUCUGCAGUCAAAGUUGCCAAGGUAACCCCAGGCUCUACCUGUGCUGUGUUUGGCCUGGGAGGGGUCGGCCUAUCUGCUGUUAUGGGCUGUAAAGCAGCUGGAGCAGCCAGAAUCAUUGCGGUGGACAUCAACAAGGACAAAUUUGCAAAGGCCAAAGAGUUGGGUGCCACUGAAUGCAUCAACCCUCAAGACUACAAGAAACCCAUCCAGGAGGUGCUAAAGGAAAUGACUGAUGGAGGUGUGGAUUUUUCGUUUGAAGUCAUCGGUCGGCUUGAUACCAUGAUGGCUUCCCUGUUAUGUUGUCAUGAGGCAUGUGGCACAAGUGUCAUCAUAGGGGUACCUCCUGAUUCCCAGAACCUCUCAAUAAACCCCGUGCUGCUACUGACUGGACGCACCUGGAAGGGAGCUAUUUUUGGUGGCUACAAGAGUAAAGAAUGUGUCCCAAAACUUGUGGCUGAUUUUAUGGCUAAGAAGUUUUCAUUGGAUGCAUUAAUAACCCAUGUUUUACCUUUUGAAAAAAUAAAUGAAGGAUUUGACCUGCUUCACUCUGGGAAAAGUAUCCGUACCAUCCUAAUGUUUUGAGACAAUACAGAUGUUUUCCAUUGUGGCAGUCUUCAGCCUCCUCUACUCUACCUGAUCUGCAGCAACAGCUGGGAAAAAUCAUUAAUUCUGCUCUUCAGAGAUGUUAUCAAUAAAUUACAUGUGGGGGCUUUCCAAAGAAAUUGAAAUUGAUGUAAAAUUAUUUUUCAAGCAAAUGUCUAAAAUCCAAAUGAGAACUAAAUAAAAUGUUGAACAUCAGCUGGGAAAUUGAAGCCAAUAAACCUUCCUUCUUAACCAUUC